GCGGGACUUUUGUACUUUCUAUUGUCCGUGACAUUUAAUCUCACCUAAACUUCAAAAUGUCAGAAGCCCUACCUGGUAUUGAAGAUCUGACCAAGUUAAAGUUAAGUGAUCUAAAGAAAAUUUGUAAAGAAAAUAAACUGCCAUCUACUGGUACAAAAACUGAACUGAUCUCUCGCAUUAGUGAGGUGCAAGGCAAUAAAUUUGUUAUUUUACAGCCUGGUGAUGAAGCUGAACUACUCGGUGAUUCUAAUGAUGGUGAUUCUACUGAUGUUAGUAGUAUAACUCAGACAACAACAGCGGACUUAACAUCGAGUAAAUCACCUACAGAUGAUCUUGACUUCUCAAUGACAUCACCACCAUCAACAACAGCAACAGCAACUAAAAUCACUUCAAAGAAACGUCGUGCUAGUGAUGAUCUUAACCCGGAAGAUAUUCUGUCCGUCGAAAAGAAAAUCGCCAUAGAACCUGUAUCUUCUGCUACCAGUGCUACUGUUGCUCCUAUUGGUGCAGAUAAUCCUACUGCUGAAUGUAAAGAUACUACAACGGCAGGUUUAUCAGAUGCAGAGCGUCUUGCUCUUCGUGCUAAACGCUUUGGUGGUAGUACUUCCAAUGGGACAAGUAUUCUAAGUGAUAGCAAGCUGAUCGAGCGUGCUAAAAGAUUUGGUCUACCGAUUAACAGCAGUGGUGACUCCUUAGAAGUUGAUGAAUUAGGAAAAUUAAAACAACGUGCUGAACGAUUUGGUCAGACUACAAGUAAAACAUUAGAAAAGUUAACAGAAUUAGAGCGUAAAGCCAAACGUUUAGAGAAGUUUGGUGAUGUUACCACCACAGUGUCUAAAAAAACUCCCAUAGAUGAUGAAUUGGCUAAAACGAUUCGUGCACAGAAAUUCGGUCUUGUAUCAGCACCGUCAUCAGCAGCAACACCAGCAUCUACGGGAAGCAGUUUAUCUGAAGCUGAAAGACUAGCUAAACGUCAAAUGAGAUUUGGUUUGGUUGACAGUAAAACAUGACAGUUGAAUAAAUUUAUAUGCAUAUAUAUAUACACACAUAUAAUUGUGAUUGUAUUAUUUUAUCGAUUUUUAUGUUCAUAAAAAAGUAGUUAUUCUCUGUAUUGUCUCUUCUAUUCUUCUUUCUGUUUGUCAAAGUGAGCUAAUAUUAAUGAGUGGAAUUCACUCUCUGUCUCUCUCUUUCCCUCUGUCUCUAACUUUAUUGCCUGUGAGAUAAGCUUUCGUUGUACAAAGUUUGAUAACUACACACAAUAAGAGCAUUUUACUCAUCUUGA